UAUAAAAACUUAGCAUACGUUUUGUUGCAGAUUCUGAAAGCACAAGAAGAAUGGCUAAAAGUAGCUAGAGAUUUUGAUACUGAGUAUAACUUUCUACAUUGUAUCGGGGAUCCUAGUGGCAAGCACGUGAUUCUACAGUGUCCCAUAAAAAAUGGCACCGAUUACAUAAACUACAGAAGUUUCUUCGGCAUUGUGAUUUCUCCUAUAGUUGACACUAAUUAUGAUUUCAUGUUCGUGCACGUGGGUUAUCAAGGAAGAAUUUCUGUUACCCAAACUGUGGGUUGCCAUACCAAGAGAACAGUACAAAGAAUUUUUAACUACAGACUUUGUAGAGCCCACAGGGUAGUUGAAAAUGUAUUCGGCAUAGCCUCGUCAAUCUUCCGCGUGUUGAGGGAACCUCUGCUAUUGUUAAAGAAGAAGCAUCCUGUAUUGUGCUAACAGUUAUUCUGUUACACAAUUUCUUGCGACGAAGACCUAAUUCAACCGCACUGUACAUGUCACAGGGAACGUUUGAUUCUGAAGAAGCAGGUAUUGUGACGCCUGGAAAUUGGAGAGCAGCAAAUAAUGAAAUAGGUUCACUGUUUCUCUUCAGAAGAAUUAUACGACAAACAAGGACUAGAUUGCUAAACACGAGAGAGGAACUAGCGGAUUAUUUUUCGAAGGAAGAGGAACUAUAAUAGUAUGAAGAAUAUGUAACAAAUAUACAACACAACUAAAUUAUAGCUGUUAUAAUAUAACUAACAAAGAGCGUAAUUUUACUUAAAUAUUAUUCUUAUUUGUUUAACUUACCGCACACUGUGUUCUUCUUGGAUUAUUUCUAUGCAACAGAAAUUAUAGGUUUUUAAAGCUAAAUCACAAACUGGUAUAUGUCUAAUCUGUCCCUAGAAAUAAAAACAAGAAUAAACCUAAAAAUAUACAACGUUUCUGAUUUUGUAACCAUCGAUAGAUGAUUCUUGUAGACUUUUGUGAGCGAAAAUAACUCUUUGCAAAAAGCUAAUAAACAUUUGGAGAUGAAAUUUUGCAUACCUUUUCAGAAAGGCAAAAGCUACAUUUUCACAAAGUUUCAACUUCGCAUUCUCAACUGUACACGAAUUAUUGACAAUUGAAAGUAGUGCGAUUUUGUGCGAAUAUCGACAUCUUUGUAGAUUGUUUACAAAGCCCAUACAAGAAAUCUCGAAUGGCAAACAUUAGUAUUUGUUCCUGAACAUGAUUUCUAUACUUAUAGAAAAUUUAAUAUCGAAGUUGGCCUUUUCUGAGAAUAAUUUGGCUGGAUUACAUCGCGACAGCCUUCAGCCAUGGACAGGUCAUUGAUGCAACGACGAAAAACCGGCAAAAGACCGAUCGGUUCGUCCUGUAUCUUUGGAUCAUAUUUCGAAACGUAACGGUGCAAUGAUUACCCGUCCGAUACACAGAUACGCAACGAAUGAAUACGCUCGAAAAAGUUCUGAUUGUCCAAACUGUAAGACUGUCGGAACGAUUCCGCGCUCUUCUG